UCAGUGCUCGUCUAUUCACUUAGCAUCUAGUAGUGAUGACGAAAGACGACUGGUGUGAUACGCAAUUCCGUACUAGACAAAUGAUACGCUGUACCAGGUACUUGACAAUUCGCUUAGCGUCGAUCUGUAACAAGUCGAAUGGCGGCAGACGUGAAUGAAUAAAUACCAUAACCUAAAGAGUAUAAUUAAAGACCUUUGUGUAAACAAACAUCUGUUUAGUAUUCGGCGAAUAUACAAACAAACGGUCGCCACUCGCCGUUAGUUGAGUUAAUCGACUAUUGCUAAAGUAGAGGUUUCUGAUAAUCACAGUUAUUUGUAGCUAUUGCUUGUAACUCAAAGAAAUAAUUAUAUUUCCAACACACUUUUCCAAUAAGCUUCAAGUAAUAUUCAGAUAUUAUAAAUACUAAUUAAUUUGUCAGAUGAAAAGUAAUUGAUUUCGGUUUUUCCCAUACAAUCAAAUGAUGAAUGGCAAGUAAUAAUUAGUUGUAGUUUAAGACUGUUACAAGUUUUAUACAAUAAUUAGAUUAGUCUUAUGCAUUUGGCGACGUCUUGUUGUGCCGCCUGAUAAAGAUGAACAACGUAUUGGUACACUAUCCUUUUUUUAUAAACACAAUCAUUUUAGUAAGUGAGGAGUUUUAUUGUGUGUUCUCGUGAAUACGACACUGUUUAUAUUAAUCUAUCAAGAAAAACUCCAUAAUGGUUUGUGCGACUCGUAUAGCGAAAACACAUUCUGACUUACACAGCAUACAACACAAGCAGUUUGUUCACGAACUAUGAACUGAUGACGAACUAAUCCGAUUUCCGGUAUGACAACUAUCAGUGACUGGUGUCAGUAAGCGAAGCGAAGGGGUGGUGUCGCCAUGGACUCGGCAGUCCAGAGGAGGGCGCCGCGGCGCAUGGACCGACUCAAUAUGCAGGUGCCCCCCGCCUGGGUGGAGGGUCCACCACCAUCCAAAUCCCAGGAUCUGCAGGCUGACUGUUCUUGCCAUUGCUUCCGUCAUGCAGUUGCUGACUUCACCCAGCACUCUACUCUGCAUGGGCUACGUUAUGUGGCUGAUCAAACCAUAUCACGAGCCGAGAGGUUGUUUUGGGUGAUAUCAUUUGGAUUGGCCUGCAUGUUUGCUACAAACUUUAUAUCAAAUGUAUACUACAAGUGGACUCACAGUCCUGUGAUCAUGAGUCUAUCACCAGAGCCUACUUUGCUGUCUGCUAUCCCCUUCCCUGCCAUCACCAUAUGUAACAUGAACAAUGCCAGACGAACUGUCGCCCAAGGUAUACUGGACAGGGCAAGAGCUUCAGGGAUGGAAGGAUCAAAAGAGAGGAAAAUGUUGAAUGAUUACUGCAACAAGCCUCAGGAAAAAGAGGACAGCAACAUUGAAGAGUCCGACAUUAACUGGAAUGAUCUGCAGUCAUUCAUGAUCAAUGUGUCACAGCCUUGUCACGAGAUGUUGGUAGCUUGUUACUGGCACGGCGAAAAGUACAAGUGUGAGGAUUUGUUUAAUCCAACUCUCACUGAUGAAGGCAUUUGCUGCUCAUUUAAUAAGGUCAAGCGAGAUUUCAUAUUCCACAAUCCGCGAGACCUGUCAGAUCUCAAUGUUACAUUCCCGUUUGAGUCAAUCGACUGGACUCCUGAGAGAGGCUAUCCCGAAGGUGCUAAUGUGGACCACCUACCCUGGAGAGCCUGGGGUGCUGGCAGUCACCUGGGCCUCAGUAUUGUGUUGGACGCCAACCUUGAUGAGUAUUAUUGUUCAUCAGAGGUUAGCAUUGGGUUUAAGGUAGUACUCCAUAACUCAGUUGAAACUCCAAAGAUGAACGCGUUUGCUACACUCCUGGAACCUGGGAUAGAGUCCCGUAUGAUUGUGGAUCCACUUAUCAUGACCAGCACUGAGCAGUUUCAGCGGAUUCCAGUACAGAAACGCAACUGUGUGUUCGGCAGUGAAAGGAACCUCUCGUUCUACCGCACAUACACUCAACGCAACUGUGCGCUCGAGUGUGAGGCCAAAUUCACCCUAGAUGCCUGUAACUGCGUCCUUUACUACAUGCCCAAAAAUGAAUCCACCCGCAUCUGCAGCAGAACUGAUCAAGACUGUGCUCAAAGAGCUUUAAAGGCCAUGGAGCUACGUCUGAUAGACGAUGGGAAUAUUUCUGCCUCUUUGAACACCUCCCGAACUAAAGCCUGUGGAUGUAAACCGGGAUGUUUCGCAGUUGCGUACAAAAUAAAACAGUCAACAUCCAAACUUACAUCAAAAAAUGACAUUGAUAAAGAACUAUUAGGUGAAAAGGACACAACUUACUUCAGUAAAAACAUGGCAGUUCUCCAUGUAUUCUUCACAGAAACACAAUACACUGCACACCAACGGGGUGAGCUGUUUGGUUUCACUGAGCUUUUAUCCAAUACUGGAGGGUUGCUGGGACUAUUCAUGGGGUUCAGUUUCCUCAGUGCUGUUGAGGCUGUCUAUUUCUUGACUCUGCGGUUGUGGUGCUCUCUCCACCGUCGUCGUGACAAGACCUCUCCUAUCACACCUUACAAAAUUGCCAAAGCCAAAACACCAUUUCCUUUUACUCAGUAGUGGUAUUUGCUGAUUCAUUAUUGUGUUAUAUGUACACUUAUCCCAAUAGAAACUUGAAGUUGGAAUAUAUGAGUGUUUUAAGGCAUACAAAUAUAUUAAAAAAGAUAUAUAUAUAUAUAUUUAUAUAUAUAU